AUGUCUAUACAUACGCUGCAAGACUGUGACUGCGGUCUCAUCGAUGCCAAGGAUCCCACCGGCAGCAUCUUCACCAGCUUGUUCGUAACCGAUUUUACCAAGGUCUCUCGCAAUCAGCUCAGUGACCAGUUCAUCGCUGCUGCUUUCACCGUCAAUCAACCUGAAGCUCCAUAUGCCAGGGCAUUCUCCCCCAAUCAAGUCCGAUUGACUGCAUUGGGGCUGGAGUUGACGGUCUCGCCAGCCCUGGCAGAUAGCAACCUGGUGCCAAGUGGCCAAAUCUUCACCCGGAAAUCCUCAUACUUCUAUGGUUCAUAUUCAGCCCGCAUUCAGACUGCAACUGUUCCGGGAACGGUGACUGCCCUGUUCAAUUACCGCAACGCUACCUCCGAAGUCGAUAUUGAAUUUCUCACUUCGUCGACCUCACCGGCGCUGCUGUACACGGUCAAACCGCAACGUUAUCUCUCCACUGGGAAUCCCGAGAACAGCACGUAUCAACGGGAGCCCUGGAACGGCACGGUCGAGUCGUUUCACACCGCCUCUCAUCUGUGGUCGUUUACCUGGCUCCCCGAGAUUGUCCACUACGGCCUCGAUGGGCAAUACACCGACAACAUCACCGUGAAUGUGCCGCAAUCGCCAGGCCAUCUGGCGAUCAACCACUGGUCCAACGGUGAUUCCCGCUAUUCCUCCGGGCCUCCUCCAGUGAAUAGCACUGUUGUUGUGUCGUAUCUGCAAGCUGUGUACAAUGACACGGACGCAGUGCCUUUGGCCUGCAAGAAAACUCCCAUGGCCUGUAUCGUGGAUGAUGGAUACCUCCGGUCCUCUGAAAGUCCCAAUCCCUCAAUUUCCUCUACAUCAACAUCAAUUUCAGACAUAAUUCUGCUGCUCCUCUUCUUGCUGUUGUUAGCGAGCAAGUACUGCGUUAAAGCGUAA